AUGAUUCUCUCCUCCUUCCGACAAAUCUCUCUUCCCCUCCUCGCUCUUUCUUGCACUCCUGUCAUCGUCCGUUCUGCUCCGGCUCAACCACCUCUCCCAGUUACCGUCGAUGUAGCCAUUGUUGGUGCUGGUCUCUCUGGUCUAACCGCAGCCUCCAACCUCCUUGCUGCCAAAAAAACUGUUCUCGUCUUCGAAGCUCGCGACCGCGUUGGCGGAAAAGUAUUCAACCACCCCUUGAAGAACGGCGGCGUCACAGAAGUCGGCGCCGAAUUCGUUGGCCCGACACAAGACCAUGUGUUGAAGUUGAUCAAAGAUUUGGGACUAGAGACAUUCGAAACAUACAACACGGGAGACUCAGUUUUGUGGAGGAAUAACACGAGGACAGUGUAUACACCCGACCCUGCUCUCGGCGGUGCGCCACCCGUGGACGGAGCAUCGUUAUUACAAGUCGCAGCUGCGCAGCAGCAACUAGAUGAGUGGGCUGCAACCAUCAAGCCAUCCUCACCCUUCUCGCACCCUAAAGCCCAGGAAUGGGAUUCCAAAACGUUUGAAGACUUCCUACACCAGGCUACGCCAUCAGCCGAUGCAAACUUCGUCCUCACCACGGCCUGCAAAUCGCUCUUCUCCGCCGAGCCCAGGGAAAUCUCCCUCCUCAACGUGCUCAUCUACAUCGCCUCUGCAGGCAACGAAACCACGACCGGCAACCUAACCCGGCUUGUGGCUGUCAAGGACGGUGGACAAGAAUCCCGUGUCAUCGGCGGCACAGGUCUGAUUCCCACCCGCCUGGCCGACCGUGUAGGAUCUCAGCAUAUCGCCCUCAACAACCCUGUCAUCAGCAUCACAAGGAUGGGCUCAGGCUACGACGUGAAAUCAAAGCACCACACUGUCCACGCCAAAUUCGUCGUCCUGGCCCUGGCCCCCCCUCUCCUCCAGAAAAUCACCUUCACUCCCGCCCUCCCCGAGGCCCGCAGCGCCCUCAACAAGAACAUGAAGAUGCCCGCCCUGGGCAAGGGCAUUGCAAUCUACAAAUCCCCUUUCUGGCGCACUCCCACCACGGCCCAAAAAUCCGGUCUCAGCGCCCAAGUCCUGUCCGACGCUGGCUCUGUCCGCGCCACCUUCGACUCGACACCGCACCCCAGCACCAAGCCCGCCUUCGCCGCCAUCAUGGGCUUCCUCCUCGGCGACGAAAUGCGCGCCAUCGACGCCAUGUCCGUCCCUGCCGCCCAGGCCAAGAUCGUGGACGACUACACGCGCUACUUUGGUGCCCCGGCCAAGGACUUUGUCGAGUUUGUGCUGCAGCGCUGGGAUCUCGAACCCUUCAGUUUGGGCGGCCCCGUGGCAAUUGCAGCACCCGGCCUGCUGAGCAAGUAUGGAAAUGCGUUGAGGCAGCCAGUUGAGGGGUUGCAUUUUGCGGGCACGGAGACGGCGGAUUAUUGGAUGGGGUAUAUGGAUGGGGCGAUUCGGAGUGGGGAGAGGGUGGCCAAGGAGAUUAUUACGACGAAGACGAUUGUCUAG